AUUACUUGUUCCAGUUUCUUAUAGGGACGGAAGUCUACAGUGUUGCAAUUCUUCCCACCCAGCUCCCAGUCACAGGUCAAUCACAACCAUAACUGCCGAGCGGGCGCGAAAUCCCUUUCUAUCCUCCCGAUCGAAUCGUUUCCCGUCAACUAUUUGACCCCGCAACGGGAUCUUUGCUCACAAUAUGGAGGCCGCGAAAGAGACUGUUGAGGCCGUGGCCGAGGGCGUCAAGAACGUCGCCAUUGGCAGCAGCGAGGGCAAGAAGCCUGCUGGCGAGGCCAAGAAGGGUGGUGCCAAAAAGGAAAAGAAGCCUGCCGCAGGCUCAGCAGACACGGGACCCCUCGAGCUCGACCCGCCACCGUCAUUCCUGAAGGACCGUCUGGACUUGUUUGAGCGUCUGAGGAAGGAGUACGACGAUGAGGUAGCACAGAAGCCGCGCGAGCCCAUCACGAUCACCAUGCCAGACGGCAGCAUCAAGAACGGUACCGCUUGGGAGACGACACCUGCCGACAUCGCCAAGGGCAUCUCAAACAGCUUAUUCAAGCGCACCGUCGUUGCGCGCUUGGAUGGCGACAAGGAGCAGCUUUGGGAUCUUGAGAGGCCAUUGGAGAGGAGCUGCAAGCUCGAGCUUCUUGACUUUAGCGAUCCCCAGGGACAGUUUGUGUUCUGGCACUCGAGCGCCCAUAUUCUGGGAGAGGCUGCCGAGAGGCGAUUUGGAUGCAGCCUGUGCAUCGGUCCCCCAGUGGACAAUGGGUUCUACUACGAGAUGGCACUCCCAGACGGUGCUGCCGUCCAGUCUUCUGAUUGGAAGCCCCUGGAGACAUUGGUUUCCAAGAUCGUCAAGGAAAAGCAGAAGUUCGAGAGGUUGGUCCUGAGCAAGGAGGACUUGCUGGAGAUGUUCAAGUACAACAAAUACAAGCAACACAUUAUCAAGGACAAGAUCGCCGAUGGCACAAAGACUACAGUCUACCGCAACGGUCCCCUGAUUGAUCUUUGCAGAGGACCCCAUGUCCCCGACACCGGCAGGAUCGAGGCCUUUGCUAUCAUGAAGAACUCUGCAAGUUACUUCCUCGGUGACAAGGACAACGACUCGCUGCAGAGAAUCUACGGUGUCAGUUUCCCCACCAAGAAGCAGCUUACUGAAUACCAAAAGUUCCUGGAGGAGGCUGCAAAACGUGACCAUCGCCGCAUCGGCAAGGAUCAAGAGCUUUUCUUCUUCCACGACUACAGCCCUGGCUCUGCGAUGUGGCUGCCCCACGGAACAAGGAUUUACAACACGCUUCUUUCAUAUAUCCGGGAGAUCUACUGGGAGAAGAACUACGAGGAGGUUAUUACCCCCAACAUUUACAACGCAGAUUUGUGGAAGCAAUCAGGACACUGGCAAUUCUACAAGGAUGACAUGUUUGUCAUCAAGGACGAGAAGGAUACUUUUGGUCUCAAGCCCAUGAACUGCCCUGGACACGCCCUCAUGUUUGCUCACCGCGAGCGAUCGCACCGUGAGCUGCCAUGGCGCGUUGCUGACUUUGGUGUGCUUCACCGUAACGAGGCCUCGGGAGCACUCUCGGGACUCACCCGUGUGCGCCGAUUCCAGCAGGACGAUGCGCACAUCUUCUGUCGUGAAGAUCAGAUCAAGGACGAGAUUCUUGACCUUUUCGACUUUUUGCGAAAGAUGUACACCGUCAUGGGUCUUACUUUCAAGCUGAGGCUUUCGACUCGCCCCGAGAAGUACAUGGGUGCCAUCGAGACGUGGGACAAGGCUGAGGAAUCACUCCGCCAGGCUCUGGAUGAAUUUGCCGCGUCAGAGGGUGGUGUCGCUUGGGAGCUGAACGCGGGCGACGGUGCUUUCUACGGACCUAAAAUCGACAUUGCCAUCAUGGACUGUCUCAACCGAGAGUGGCAAUGCGCCACCAUUCAACUGGACUUUGUACAACCGCAAAACUUCAACUUGGAGUACAUGGCGGGUGAGGACGCUGCCGAGACCAAGGCUAAGGCCGAGGGAGCCAAGAUCACUGCACCAAAGGUCAAGGUCAAAGACCCCCAGGCUAUCAUCGACUCGGCUGCCGCUGCCCGAGGCGAGACCGUUGUCGAGCCUGCAGGUGUCGAAGGCGACAAGAAGGAGAAGGAGAAAGUCAUCAAGAAACUGUCGCCCGGAUGUGCCCGUCCUGUCAUGAUUCACCGUGCUAUGGCUGGCUCCAUCGAGCGCUUCACUGGUAUUCUCUGUGAGCACUACGCCGGCAAGUGGCCUCUGUGGCUGUCACCGCGUCAGAUUCUCGUGGUCCCUGUCGGCAAGGGCUUCUACGACUACGCCGAGGAAGUCAGGUCUAUCUUCAAGAAAGCCAAGAUGUUUGUUGAUGUUGACACAUCUGGAAACACCCUUAUGAAGAAGAUCCGUACCGGCCAGCUGGCCCAGUACAACUUUAUCUUUGUUGUCGGAGCUGAGGAAAUGAACGGCAGGCAAGUCAACGUCCGUAACCGGGACGACCCCGCUACACAGGACCGUGGUCAACCGAUCGCAUUGGAGGAGGCUCUGGAGAAGCUCGCCAAGCUGAGGGACGACAAGGGGACUUAUAACCCCUUUCCCAAGGCAGCAGCCGAGAAGAAGGAGACGGCUCCUGCUGCUUAGGUGAGAUGUAGUGUGACUAUCGGCGUUAUAUUGUCAUGUACCACUGUUCAGGAGUCUUAAAAUAGGAGAAAUACCCAAAAAGACACAAAUCCACACUCAGGGCUCAUUGUCACAGUGAUGUGUCACCCCAAAAGCCCUGCUGCCAGCCUUGCGAAUAGAAUCAUGCCAAUAAUAUUUGAUUAGGCGUCCUUGAUGUGUCUAUCGAACUGAUGAAGGCCGUUAUGAAAAAAAAAACUGUUUGCUUUGGUGGGGAACAGUGUGUGAAGAGGGCGUGAAAUCUAAAAUCAUUAUCCAU